AUGCCAGAGCUUGGGAUCGAAAGUGCGGAUAGUCAAUGGCUAAUCCGCCUUCUCGAGACGGUUAUCAUGAUCGUGCUGGCUAUCAGUGUAAGCACUGAUUUAAUAUCCCGUCGAGUUACGUGGGACAUCAGCAUUCAUAUCAAAUACGGGAUAAGACUAUUCAUUGUUCCCGGACGGACUAUCCUUAUGGACCAGCUCAUAUCCAGACUAUCUCAGUCCGGUUCUUAG